CGUAUUGGUCACGUGAACAACAUACCUGAUUUGUCUGAGCGGAUCGACAUUUUCUUUAUCUAAGUAUGUCGAGUAAAUUAACUGUUUGUGGAGUGUGUGAAUACCGUAAAAUCAACAAACCAUCAGUGGUCUGGUGUUUGGAAUGCGACGAGGGACUUUGUGAGGAAUGUAAAGAGCAUCAUGCAGCUUCAAAAGGGUCAAGGAACCAUAGUAUUAUUCCAGUUUCCCAGUACCAGAAGCUUCCUUCAAAUAUAUUAGAAAUUAAUCAAAUAUGUCCAAAACACGAUGAAAAAUACGUCAUAUUUUGUAGGAAGCAUGAUUGUCCAUGUUGUAGACGAUGUGUUGUUGAAACACAUAACGAUUGUAAAGAGAUAGACGCAAUAGAUGACGUCAUUCGAAAUGUAAAAUCAUCAAACGCAUUCUUGGACAUAGAACAAAUGCUCGCAGAACUUUCAGGAAAUUUGCAGAGAAUAAGAAAAGAUCGGCAAGAAAACAUUAAAAGUUUGAUAGAAAAUAGGGCAAAAAUAGAAAAUGAAAUUCAGCAGACACGAAGCUUGAUUAACAAUCAUCUGGAUAAGCUGCAGGAAAGUCUGAUAAAAGAGCUGUACGACGUGGAGGAAAAGGAGAGCACAAAAAUUAAAAACAUAAUAUCAUCAAUACAAGAAAACGAGAGAAAGAUUUUAGAAACCCAAACUACUUUAGGUAAAAUUAAACAGCAUGCUUCAGACCUGCAGACAUUCUUAGCUUUGAAACAUAUCCAACGAGAUGUCACGAACAAUGAACAAUUUAUUGAAUCUUUAAUAAAAGAAGAGAAAAUGAAUUAUGUAUCCAUGUCUUGGAAAAAAGAAAAGUCUGUGGAGAUUUUAUUUACCACAGUCAAGAAGAUGGGAACAAUUAUUAUAUUGGAUACCAGAUCAGGAGAUGCAACAUUGACAAACAGGAAGAACAAACAAGCACAGAUAAUGGUGCCUAUUACACCUGUUCCUAACAUUAAUGAUUUAAAACUGACUUUAAGACAGACCGUGAAAGCACUUACAAACGAUGUCACUAGUUGCUGCUUACUUCCUGAUGGCAGAAUGAUUUUGUCCUGCUAUACAAAUAAAAAAAUUUACGUCCUCAAAAUCGACGGGACUUUGGAUUUUACAUUACAGCCAGGAUUUACGACAUCUCAUAUACACUUUAUAGAGGAAAGUCAAAAACUUGUCGUAACAUCUGGGAAUUAUAGCUCAGGUAUUAAGAUUAUUGAUAUGAAGAGCAGAAAAACGGAGAAAUCGAUUAGUGUUGGAUCAGAGACAUAUGGAAUAGCUCACAAAGAUGGAAAAUUGUUCUAUAAUGGAGGUUGUUGUGGAUUGCGUGUUGUACAUUUAGAUAACAACGCUGUAACCCAGUUAGUUAAAGGUCCAUUGUCUUUAUAUAGCAGUAUUGCAAUAUGGUCAAAUAAUCUUAAUUUUAUUAACAAUGAUUCAGUAACAUGCAAUGAUCUUCAAGGAGGAAUUCAAUGGAAAUUUGAAAAGAAAGGAAUUCUCCAGACGGCACGAGGUAUUACAGUGGACAAUUACGGACGUGUUUACGUAUCGGAUAAAGAAUCUAACAGUAUCGUCGUAAUUUCACCAGAUGGAAAAGAAACCAGGUUGUUGUUGGCAACGAUAAAUGGUCUUAGAAAACCAACAGCUGUGUUCUUCGAUCAAAGAAGUAACAAGUUACUUAUUGCGAACCAAGGGAAUGACGCAUUUCUCUAUGACGUUUCAAAAUGAAUUGAUACCAUAUCCCUGAGAUGAGCUUAACAGUAAUAUAUAUGCUCUUUGUGUACUUAUAGAUGAAAUAUCUACAAAUGAGUUCGAAGUAAAGGCAUUCAAAUACUAUA